AAGGAAGAUUCGGUGCUGACAAGUGUGCGUAACAAGAAGUCAGGAUGGCGAGCAAUAAGGGUACAUGCGUCACCAUGCACACAAAGCCCGUGGAAGUUUCCCAGCAGUUGCAAGGCGGGGAGAAAUUUAUUAAGUGGGAUGAGGAUUCUGGUGUGGCAACGCCGGUGACUUUGAAAGUGGAUAAAUAUGGUUUUUACUUACACUGGGUGGAUCAAAAUAAUGAGAUGGAUAUGCUGGACAUAGCAGUUAUAAGAGACACUCGCACAGGAAAACAUGCAAAAAUACCAAAGGAUCCAAAGCUGAAAUCUCUUGUAACAAUGGGCCCUCAAGACUCCUUAGAAGACAAAACUGUAACAAUUUGUUACGGCUCUGACUUUGUCAAUAUGAGUUUUAUUAAUUUUUGCACAACACGUGCAGAAAUAGCACAGCAUUGGGCAGAACAACUUUUUCAACUGGCGUACAAUUUAAUUCAAUUAAACACUAGCACAACUAUGUUCUUAUUGAAAGCACAUACUAAGCUUGCACUUACUGCUGAUAAAAAUGAAAAGGUACCGGUAAAAAAUAUAAUAAAAAUGUUUACACAGAACAAAGAAGAUCGCAAGCGUGUUGAGAAAGCGCUUGAUAUUUCUGGCUUUCCAUCUGGCAAAAAUGAUGCCGUGCCGUUGACAAAAUUUCAAUUUGAGGAUUUUUUCAACUUUUACAAGUCUCUCACUCAGAGAACAGAUGUGGAAAAAGUGUUUGAAGGAAUUAUUGGCAAUACCAAACGCAAAUUAAUGUCCGCUUCGCAAUUUGUUGAAUUCUUGAACCAGUCACAGAGAGAUCCGCGUCUUAAUGAGAUAUUAUAUCCAUAUGCGAAUGAAGCAAGGGCAAAAGAUAUUAUAAACCAGUACGAACCCAACAAGUGUAAUGCAAAUAAAGGACAACUCAGUUUCGAUGGAUUUUUAAGAUAUCUUAUGAGUGAGGACAAUCCGAUUGUUGCUGUCUCCAAGUUUGAAUUGUCCGACGAUAUGGAUCAACCGCUUCCGCAUUAUUUUAUAAACUCUAGUCACAAUACAUAUUUAACAGGGCAUCAACUUACUGGAAAGAGUUCUGUAGAAAUUUAUCGUCAGUGUCUUUUAGCCGGUUGCCGAUGCGUCGAAUUAGAUUUUUGGAAUGGGAAAUUUGAAGAACCCGUUAUUGUUCACGGAUAUACGUUCGUACCUGAAAUAUGUGCUCGAGAUGUCCUAGAGGCAAUUGCCGCGACCGCUUUUAAAACGUCAGACUAUCCGGUCAUUCUCAGUUUUGAAAAUCAUUGCAAUACAAAGCAGCAAGCCAAAAUCGCUCAGUACUGCAGAGACUUUUUCGGGGAGAUGUUGCUUGAAGCACCACUCGAAUCGCAUAAGUUAGAGCCGGGUCAAGAGCUUCCACCGCCGUCAUUGUUAAGGCGCAAAAUAAUUAUAAAAAAUAAGAAGAAGCAUCAUCAUCAUCAUAAAAAACAUCUGAGAAAGCAACAGCAAGCUUUAGACCUUGCUGAAGGUACCUUAGAGGGUGAAACUAAUGGAACGACGAAUCUAUCUACUUCAGGAGAAAACGGUCCUCCACCGGAUAUUAUACCUCAGAACGAAAUGGGUGAUGACAUUGCGCUGCUUGAAAAUGAACAGCAAAUUGGAAAUGGUGAUAUUUCCCAUCCUCCAAUGCUGCAACAAAGACAAGGCAGUAAAGACAGUGGCCAGGAUGAUGAAGACGAAGAAGAUGAAACGAGUACAGAGGAAGAUGAGUCUAAUGUAGAAUUGAGAAUAGGUGACAAAGCCGUGUCAGAUAAAUCCGCUAAAGAAACGGAAGCGGGAGCGGAAAUUUCAGCUUUAGUUAAUUAUGUGCAACCCGUACACUUCAUCAGUUUCGAAUAUGCUGAAAAAAAGAAUCGCAUGUAUGAAAUGUCAUCCUUUGAUGAGAAGCAAGCUACGACUCUCUUGAAAGAGAAGCCACUAGAGUUUGUGAAUUACAACAAACAUCAACUGUCUCGGGUUUAUCCAGCGGGAACAAGAUUCGAUUCCAGUAAUUUUAUGCCGCAAGUAUUUUGGAACGCGGGAUGUCAACUGGUUGCGUUAAAUUAUCAAACGCUUGAUCUGGCGAUGCAAUUAAAUUGUGGGAUAUUUGAAUAUAAUCAGCGUUGCGGUUAUCUAUUAAAGCCGGAAUUUAUGAGAAGAAAAGAUCGCCGAUUAGAUCCCUUUGCUGAAUCCACCGUUGACGGUAUUAUAGCAGGCACAGUUCACAUCCACGUGAUAUCGGCACAAUUUUUAACUGACAAAAGAGUAGGAACUUAUGUGGAAGUCGAUAUGUACGGUUUACCGGCGGACACCGUAAGAAAGAAAUUUCGCACGAAAAUCGUACCAAAUAACGGUAUUAAUCCCAUAUAUGAUGAAGAGCCGUUUAUAUUCAAGAAGGUAGUUUUGCCAGAACUUGCUUCAAUAAGAAUAGCUGCGUAUGAAGAGUCUGGACGUUUAAUCGGUCACAGGGUACUUCCCGUAGUCGGAUUAUGCCCGGGAUACAGACAUGUAGCAUUAAGAACAGAGUGUGGACAACCGCUGCCAUUAGCGAGUCUGUUUUUACACGUUGUCGUAAAAGAUUACGUUCCCGACGGUUUAAGCGAGCUUGCCGAAGCUUUAGCGAAUCCUAUUAAAUAUCAGAAUGAAAUAGAAAAGAGGGCGAACCAAUUAUUGGUCCUUACAGAUUGCUUGGAAGAAUCGGAAGAAAUUGAAGAUAAAAGUAAAGUUGGUGAUAUUUCUAGUACGGUCGCUAAACCAGCUGAGGAAGUUGUAAAAGCUAAACGAUUACAGUCCAUAGGUGAAUUGCCAAGCCUUUUACCAACUUCCAGUAGCUUACAUGGUAGACCAUCUAUCGCUGGCUUAGGUAGUUCGGACACGGUGGAUAUCGACGACGACACUCCAUGCUCCUCAGUUCAAACGGUCGACGCAUCUAUAAAUAAAAGCCCAGUCAAUGCUAGCAAUUUAAGUGAAAUAGUAGCCGAAAGUUUGGAAAAACUUAUGGAAAACAAACUGGUCAAGGAGAAAAAGUUGGAACUUGAGAAGAAACUUGAAUCUCUGAGGAAAAAGCAUGAGAAGGAGAAAAUGCGGCUGCAAUCGCAAAAAGCUUCUCUCGAUGGCGAGAAACAUCGAUCGAAAUUUUGCAUGAGCAACAAGCUGGUAAAGCGACUGUCGAGUAAAAAUAUCAGUUUUUCGAGUGAAGUGGGUUUAAGUACCUUGGCCUUGACUGAGACUUCCGAAUGUCCGGAGAACACGGAGAAUCGCGAAGGGAACGAAGGAACCAGAGGCUUGCCCAGAAGUCAAAGCGAAAGAUUUUUAGCUGUAUGCAAGGCACAUGUUCAACAGGAGCGUGAACUUCAGGAAAAGUAUUAUGAGAACCUCUUUGCGACUGUCGAAAAAGUGAUGAGAGCAUCGCAGGCUAAUCAACUGAAAACGCUCCAGGUACUUUUUGACAGAGAAACCGCGGACAUUAAACGCAAAUUGCAGGCCACGAGACAAGGCGAGGUUAAACAAUUGGCUAAGGUACACAAAGACAAAGCUGAACUUGAACGUAUAAAACGAGAAGUCGCAAAAUCGACCGUGGAGAAAGGCGUGAACGAAUGUACACGCUUAACGAAAAUUUACGAUAAGAAGAGAGCGGAGUUAGAAAGACAGCAUGAAGAAGUGCGGCAAAAGCUGGAAGAGGAGCGAGCCAAGGUGAAAGCUAACUUGCUGGCGGAGUAUAGUAGCCGCUACAGCAAGUACGAAAGUGGUGAGUUACCCUUGUCACCGUCUGGCGGAGCUAGUUUGCCUGAGUCGCUUAGCGAGAAUACGUAUUGACUUGCGAAACGAGUCGUUUAGCUGUGUGUUAAUUAAGGACACGACAUCGAUCCGAAUGUCCGUGUUUCGCGCCAUUAAACGCGUCGUUCAAAGCAUUCAGUUAUGCAUACUGGUGCAAACGCAGUCUGAAUUCUGCAACGAGAUAUACGUACAUGGAGGAAAAAAAACAAGAUGUUACUUGGAUUGUAAACUUUUCCCGACAUCUGUACGAGGAAACGAAUCAAUAACGACUUAAACGACUAACGGAACGUUGGUACGUAGCGCUUAUCUAUAGUUGCUCGGCGACGAUAAUACGUUCUUGCCAUCCCGUCAGGGACGUUGACAUCCCUGUGACGGUGUUGUAAUGAGAGAUCACGUGAUUUCAGGCAACUUGGUGCUACAUGAGGUGGCACAAGUUAGCGUUUUGACUGUUAUGUAUGAUACAAUUGUAUGUAUAUAUAUAUACUGAUCUUUUAUCAUUUAAUACUUCAAAAAAUUAGAAUUUCGAAUAAUGUGGAUUGAGGUAAUUUUCUAUUACUUCAACACUGUCUUUUACUACGAUGAUCAUUAUUCAACUGAUGAGCGUGAUCGUGCAUGUUGAUCGAUUUCUUUAAUCGAUUGUAUCUCACGUGAAAACGUCUGUGUCUUGAUCUCUUUACUAUAAAAUAUCUACUUAGUAACACGAAAGAGAGAAAGAGACAAUGUGUCAGCGAAUUUUAAUAAAAAUAUAAAUUUCGCAUUGCACGCAGUAUUAAACUGUCCGAGAGAUUCGGAAAUCUAUGAUAGUCGCUGAUAUAACAGUCGAUUACGUAUUUGCAUGAUCUUAACGAAGCAUUAAGAUCGUUCGCGAGAAAUACGCGCAAGAGAGGUAUAUAUAUAUAUAUAAUUCUAAAUAAGAGGAAAAGAAAUAAUACAACAAACCUUCCUAAGUGCUAACAUUUAAUAUUGUUGUUAUAUGCAUAAGGUAUCGUUAUUUAAUUGACAUACAUUAAGUCUAAUCGCGUUCCAAGAUGCUCCAUUUAGAUUGAUCUUCGAUUAUUAAAAGAUCAGAUCUCAGGAGAUUCCAGUCAGAAUAAUGUAAGAAAUAUACUGAGAGGAUGAAAUCUCUUUGGCCUAGAGGAGAAACAUUGGAAAAUGCUGAGAGAAGUCUACACGAACGCGCGAGUGAUCUGAUAUAUUUUUGACUGAAAGUACUCCGUAUAAAAUAACUUUUUUUUUCUGAGGAUGCUCGUGCCGCGAAAAUAUCGGGAUACUAUUCUGCUGAUAAAGUACGAAAGUGUCCCGGUAUCCUGAGUGAUUCCGGUCGGGCAAACCUCUUUGAAGAAGACAAUCAAAAAUGUUACGAUGUAACAUUGUCCUUGUUGUUUCUAAUUGUACAAUAUUUUAGACUAUGCGCUACAAUACGUGUAUACAGGUAUCUAUGAGAGAAUUCUUUGUAGUAAUAACGAACGUAGAAUUAAAACUUAUCUCAUUAUAAGUCUACAUUGUGUAAACUCGUUUAUUUAAUGUGCUGAUUUAAUAAAGGCAGAGGUACGCGGGGUAUAUCGUAAUCUCUGCUUGGCGAUAAUCGCACUAGUAACGACGAUCGAAGAGA